GAGGCUUGAGGAAUGCUCUUGAGAGAAAACCCUUCCUAGCUCCCAAAGAGCUGCAGCCCCUCUGCUCUGGGAAGGCUGUAUCUGUUUGCUUAAGUGCAGCUCUUGCACUGGGGCUGGGCUGGGAGGUGAGCAGAGAUUCUAGCCAAGAGAUUUCUAUUUUGAGAUUGCUGCACUGCGUUGGCACUGCUUUCUGUCACCGACACCCACCCAAAUGGGCAGUCUCAGCCUGACCAUCUUUGCACUGCUGGACUGGGGCAAGGCAGGAGCCAGGGUACUUCUAGUCCUCUGCACCAUGCUCCAGCUGCUUUGCUUCCUCUAGUGUAUUCUCCAUCUUUCUUAUCCUGGUUCCCCUUUCCUCAGCACUGGAAAUAGUAACCAGCCCCCAUGCACAUUUAGACCCAGAAGUGAAGGGGUGGGGGAGCAAAAAGCCACAUCUCUUAGCAGCUGCAGGCAACUUGCCCAGCCUGUCUGCCCUGGAGUGACUGUUGGCUCAUCCUUCCCCUUCUGUCUUUUCUGAUCCACCACCUCCAGCUUUCAGUCUCUGUGUCACACUCUAGCUUUAGCAGCCUGAGGACGCUGAACCAAGUAGGGAUUCUGCUUGCAUGACUGGAAUGAUCCCAGAGACCCUUUCCCUGGCAUCUUCAUCAGGGAAAUCCACAAAUCAGUACAACCUGGCUGUCCCCAGUAUAGGUGGAGCACCCCAUGCAUUAUAAGCUCGGGCUCGCUGGUAGGAAUCCCUCGCUAAGCUGCCCCAGCAGGAAGGAUUCACUAUUGAGCUACAGCCUGAUACGUACACAGGAGCCAUGGCCAAUGCCUCAGGCAGCAGGAUGAGCAGGCAGUCCUCCGUGAUGAAGCGAAAGUCCUUCUGGAGGCUCCGCCAGCAGUGGAAGCUCCUGGGCCUCUUUGAGAUCGACCAGGAGCAUGAGUUUCAUGACCUGACCUGCAUGCUGAAGGCAGGGCUGAAGGCUGCUGUCCAGGAUGCCAUUGACAACCCACCUCUGGAUGUCCUGACUGAAGCAGACUUUACCGCUGUACUGAAGCAGGCCCAUGAGGGCUUUGAGAUGCGGACGUAUGCUGGCCCUGCCUUCGCUUUCUUCAGACGCUCACUGGGCAUGUCGGAGAAGGAAUACCAGCUGUCCCUGUCCUCUGAGAGCGCCUACCUGCAGUUCAUCAGCAACUCCAAGAGCAAGGCAGACUUCUUCCUCACGAACAACAAAGGCUUCUUCCUCAAGACGCAGAGUAAGAGGGAGAUCCGGUUCCUCCUUACCCAUCUGCCCAAGUACUUCCAACACCUUGAGAGAUACCCUCACUCCCUCCUCGUCAAGUUCCUGGGUGUCCACAGCAUCAUCAUAGCCGGGAGGAAGAAGAAAUACUUCAUCAUCAUGCAGAGCGUGUUCUACCCUGAUGAGAGGAUCACCGAGCGGUAUGACAUCAAGGGCUGCCAAGUGAGCCGCUGGACGGAGCCAGUCCCGGAGGGCAGACAGGUCAUUGUGGUGCUGAAGGACCUCAACUUCGAAGGGAAGGCCAUCUGCCUGAGUCAUCAGCGCUCCUGGUUCAUCCGCCAGGUGAAGCUGGACACCCAGUUCCUGCAGGGGCUGAACGUGCUGGAUUACAGCCUGCUGGUGGCCUUCCAGCCACUUCAUGCAGAUGAACUGAGCCAUAACUUUGCCAGCAUCAUCACCAGGACUGCAAAGUCUGUCGAUGGACGGGGCUGCCACCAGAGAGCCAUGGUGCCGGGGGCCAUCAGCGAGGAGUCUGCCAUCCUAGUAUCCGAUCUUCUGUCGGGGGCCAGCGUGUACCACACAUGUGAGGCUGCUGUUGAUGGGAAGGGCAACCUGCAGGACGUCAGCCUCCGCAGCAGCCCCGAGUCCAGCCCUGAGCUGUCCCGGGCCUUGGCCCAGAACCGGCGCCUGCUGCCCAACUACAAGAACCCCCUGCAUGUCAUUGAUGGGCCAGAGCUCCGCUACUUUGUGGGUAUCAUCGACCUCUUCACCGUGUAUAGCCUGCGCAAGAGGCUUGAGCACCUCUGGAAGUGCAUCCGGUACCGGGGACAGACUUUCUCCACUGUCUGCCCAACCCAGUACGCCCGGCGCCUCUGCCAGUGGGUGGAAACGCACACCCUCUGACCCACGGUGGCUUCCCAGCCAGCCCCAUCCACCAACCCCCCUCCUGGCACUGCUCUCUUCCGCCACCAGGGGGCAGGAUCGACACAGCCCCAAGGGAAGUAACCCAGCCAGCACCUGGGAGCGGGUUUGGGAUGGAAAGAAGAGCCCUGGGGAAAGCCUGUCUCAGGCAGGGAGCUCUGCCCUGCAGCAGCAAGCAAGGACGGGGCCCAAUGUAAGUCCCAGAAAUCCAGUAAAUGGGCAACCUGCAAACCAGCUGCCAGCUUACAUUGCUCUGGUCUUGGGGGAUUUCCGGGUGGCCAGGUUGUGUCUUGGGUAGGGAGCAUGCUGCGUCUCUGUGCCCAGGUCCUGGGGAGUGGGGGGUGGUCUAAGAUGGUGCUGUGUCAGCGUAGAGUGGUUGUAUGAUCAAGGGCUAUGCUUCUUGCUUGUCCCUAAGGCUGAGCUGGGUCUGCUGAAGAGCUGUGCUCCUCCCAGCAAAGCUGCUCACACUGUGGGGGAGGAACUUAGGAUAGUCAGGAGGCUGGCAAAUGAUCCCACAACCCUCAGCCAGGGAAGCACGGGGCCUGAGAGUGCUCCUGGAGUGGUGACCCUGGCUGAACUCUGGGAACUCCUGCCUGCAUCAGUGUCACUGUCCUGAUAGUCCUGCACCACCUCCAUCUUCAUGCAUUACAAGGGGCCGAGCUGCUCCCUCUGUGCUGACAUCCUGGUGCCCUUUUUCUGUAACUGGAAGGAUUUGCAGUCCUGAGACAGGUAAAGAACCAAGAAGAUUUGCCAGUCAGUGCACGGGGAAACAUAGGGCUUUUAAGGAAUGCAGACCUUUGGCUUAUUUCAACCCAAGUAUUCAGAUAUGUUGAGUUAAAUAAUAAGUUGGGGGGCGGGGGAAAUCUCAAAGCCAAUAAUAAUUUUAAAUCGGGGAUGUUUUCCUAAAGGCAGCCAAGAGCAUGUAGCUCCAGAGUCUCACCCAGCAUCUAAUACAGGGCCUAAGAAGGUAGUCCAAAAUGCUGGUGCACUAAACAGCCAAUGAAACACGAAGGGGGAAGGGGCAGCACUAUGCAGUGGUUAGAGUAUGGGGCUAAGAAUCAGGGCUCCUGGGGUUUCUCCCUUGCUCUGUCACUGACUCACCAUGUGACCUGGAUUUCUUGUGCCUCAAUUUCCCCAG